AAUUAUUUGGUCGCGACAGAGCUUGAGUGCCAACGCCGGCGCGACACAGCGAAAGAACUGAGUUUUUCUCGUUUUGUCCAAUACACUGAGAAAAAAAUAUCGACUGCCCGAUUCGAAGCAGUCAUCAUGGGGAAGCGGGCGUCACGCGGGGCUCCCCCGAAUUCCAAUCCAAGGAAACGGGUGAAGGUGGCGCAUGAGGCACCAACAUGUGAGGAUGUCACAACAAGCCGGCAGCUUCGACAGCUCCUUGCCUUUGAACAGGACCUUGGGAAGGCCAGACACGGACUGCAGUCAUUCAAGGUCUUCCUCGACAACUUCAGCAGUGAAUCCUCCUCCGAGCGACUUGACAUUCUAUCGCAGUACCUGCAGGCCUCAACCCCCAAGGACCAUGACGGCCCCGAUGCCGUCUACCUGGAGGAUGUUAUGGCCACAUGGAACUAUGCCUCCCAGAUGGGCAACGAUGAUGUCCUGUCAGCCGUCACCGUCGUCCUCGCGCUCCUUCUAAAAGUCGUGUCCGAAAUUCUGGAUCUGAGGCCCCAAGGGUUAGGGAUAUGUCGAACGUUGCUCCAGAAGCGCCAACUCGAGCUCCUGGCCAAGAACCUGUCAGCAGACAAGGCCAAGGCCUUCAUAAUAUCACCGACUCUGCGCUUGGUGCGCGAGGCCGUCUGCUUCGACGGCGGUGCGCUCGCGAGAGCUUUCUUCCGCGACAGGAAGUACGCAUACGACUCCCUGACAAGGAACAUGAGGAUAAAGUUCCUCGGCGAGGGUGUCGAAGACAGCAGGCGGACUUCGCCCCGCACCAACGCCAUUCGCCUCCUCAUGAGCUCUCUGAAAUUUCUCCACUGGGAAGCCAAGAGGGAGCUCUUGUAUGAGAGGGACCUCACCGGCGCUCUCACUAGUUCCAUCAAGGACGACCCGCCCUACCUGAUCCUAGAGGUGCUGGAUGGCUUAAAAUCUCAUGUGCUCAUGGACAAGCACCUGCCCGCCGAGACCAAAUCAAGGCUACUGAACACAACCAUGCUCACGCGCCUUGCCCUGCUCUAUGCAUACAGUCAUACGACCCCUGGCGACGCGGAAACCCGACCCGUAGACGAUGCCGCCCAUGAGUUUCUCAUGACCGUCUGCACAUCUUCGGAGUCUGGGGCUCUGCGAACCGAGUUCGGUUUGUACCCUAAAGGCGUCGACCCCAACAACGAUCAGUUGCACGAUUCCGCUGCUGGGUCCGACGUCAGCUUGGAUCGCAUAGUCUGGGCAAACAAAUUUAAGGAGGAUGUUCCCGUCCACAACACCACCCUCUCCGAGUUCAUCAAAACUCUACGUCCAUGGAACAGCCCGAAGCAGAGCGAGCUCAUAAUAGCCGUCUUCCGCGCUGCGCCGGAGCUGAUCGCCGACUACUUUCUGGGUAAAAGAGACUUUACCUUCGAGCCAAAGCUCUCGGCAACUUGGAUUGGGUAUGCGGCCCUGCUAUUUAACACGGUGCAGCUGCCCCUACCCCCCUUCUUCGGGAGUAAGGAAGGGUUCUCUCCGGUGCCACCCCCGAUAUCUUUGGUGCUCGACAACAUUCUGCCAUUGCCUGUGAGCCAGAAGGUCCUCGUCAGGUGUCUGUCGCACGAAUCAAAGCUGGUCUCCUUCUUUGCCACUCGCCUACUUGUACUCGCCCUGCAGAAGCUGGAUAUGGCCUUGCAGAUGAUGCACAAUGCCUCCUCGACAUUGGGGCCUCUGUGGUCCGAGGCCGCAAGGAAACUCACGGACGAGUUCUCGCAGAGGUGUCUGGACCUGAAGUACGCCACUACGGCUUUCCGUGGGAUACCCGAAGAAGACUUGCUCUCCCGAGAGGCUGGUAGUCGGUUGCUCCGCCUUUACUACCAAGUCAUUCCUCAGGUUGCCCUGCUAGCCAAGUUCGACGUAUCGCCUCUGCUGGUCAACGCCAUAAAACGACUCGAUAGGCAAGGCAGGUCAACCCAAGACCAAGCACUCGCGCUGGUGGAACUUGAGAAUCUGGUCGCAGUCGCCAAAUCCUCGCCCGGGAUGCGAUGGUUUGCCAAGGCGAAGAGCCCAUCCUUGUCGCCAUUCACUUCGCUACUUAAGGUGCACCUCGAAACCCCCGAGGGCAUUCUUCCCGAGACCCUGGAAAGUACCUUGGCGUUUGUGGCAACCGAACAUGAGUUCUUCCUCUCUGAGGAUCAAGAGGGGUUUGCCUUGCGCCACCUGUUCCUGACGCUCAACAGGUUACAUGCCAGGGUUCCAAUAACAUCCAGCACCGAGCUCUGGGGGUUUCUUGACAACUGUUUGCAGCGAUGUUCGGCAACUCCCAUACGUUACAUCGAGCUAGCACAGGAACUGGCUCCCAACACUAAGACCAGUCCGCUCACUGCGACCAUAAACGAGCAACUGCCGUUCAUCGUGCGGUCUGGGGAUGCAUCGGCCCUGGCUGUUGUCAAGGAGUUUGUUUCGGUCUACACAACAGUUGCUCGCGCGGCGAACGAACAUGAGCCACUUCUCAAGGCACUGCAGAAGCCCGUUGGAGCGGCCUUCAUCAGGAAGAUGGACACCGAUGCAGGUAAAAUACCACUACCCGAGUCGCCGGCUACACCGGAUGCCAUGGCUACCACCGAGGUCGCGAUCGACCCAUCUCAAAAGGGCCACAAAUCAUAUGAGGCUCUGAGUAGCCUGGCGGCCGACUCGGAAAUACUCGAGCUAGACAACUCAGCGCUCCUGCGAUGGACGACGCGCAGCGUAGGGGAAAUCAUCGACGAGGGAUAUGCGUCGUCUCUAGUCGCCCUGCUCUCGUCAUCUCACACAAGCAUCCGAAAAGAGGCCCUGACCAACAUCUUCAAGAUGGCAGCGAAGAUCAAGGAGUCAUCGCACGAGGAGAAGGACCAGGUUUGGCUGCUCCUCGUUGAGCUUGCCGAGUCAUGCAAGACGGAGGUUGACAAAGGCCCUGCGCCGGGCCAGAUCGUGGCUUUCGCCCGGCGCGCGCUUGAUGUGCUGAAGAACCCGCUGCACUGCCUGUACGACAAGGUCAACACUUUUCUGACCCGGGGCCCUGUGUGGAGCCUGGACAGAUUUCCUCUACUCCACGAGGUCCUACAGGAAGCGCCGAGCCGCGACGAUUCAUACUAUGCGUCGGUUUCGUGGCUGCUCGGGUACCUCCUCGAGAGCCUCCACACGCCUUCGGACCUAGCCCUAUUCCACAAGCGCCGGGUGUACGAGCGCAUUCUGUCGUUGGCUAGUAACAGUUAUAUGCGGCUGCCUCUCCGGUCGCUGCUCCUGAGGAUUGUCCACAGGACGACGUGCCUGGAGGGGGGGAGCACCACCCUCAUCACGAGGUUUGGAGUCAUCAGCUGGCUGGAGGCGCAGCGGGCCCAACGCAGUUCGGCCGUCGAAUCGGAGCUGCUGAAGGCGUUGCAGCAGAGGAUCUGGGACACAUGUGACCAGGAGCGCAUCCAGGAAUGGAGCGGGAAGGGCAUCACAAUGGUUAUUGACGAUUGGAACCUCUAGGCGUACUUGUUUCAUGGCCAAACGAGCCUUGUAGGUAUUCUUGUUGAUUGGGAAUAGCAUCACUGGAGUCGGAUUUAUCCUGCCGUCUUCUUUAUUUGUGAUUGGAAUUAUG